AUGUCUUUCUUUAUUUCUAGAGCUGCAGCAGCAGCAGUGGCAGGUCGCCGCUGCUGUCGAUACACCCGAGGCAAUUCUUCACCGCUUUCCUUCCGUUCUAACGGAGUAGCUGCAGCUUCUUUUUCGAGUGUAUCUGCAGCUCAAGCUGCACCGUCUCAGUCGUCUCAGCAUUUAAACCUGAACAUAACAACAAAUUCCGAGCCUUACGAUGUGUUUAUUAUAGGAGGAGGAGUUGCAGGCACAGCGCUGCUGUAUGAGUUGGCUGCCUUUACAAAUCUGAACAAGGUGGGGCUUGCAGAAAGAAGGCAUGGGUUCGGCCUUGUUCAGUCGCACCCAAAAAAUAACUCGCAAACUAUUCACUGCGGAGACAUCGAAACAAACUACACCAUAGAAAAGGCAAAGAUCGUCAAGAGACAGGCAGACAUGCUCCGCAACUUCGCCACCAAGUUGGCCCCCGCAGUGCGAGACAAGUGA